GAAACGCGGUCUUGCGGUGCAGGAAUACGAGUGGCCGUGAAAGCGAAGCAGAGGGCGCGCGUAUCGUGUGAUAUGCAUCAGUGCUGGCCGGACCACGGCUGUGUGAGGAUGGAGUGUAGGGGCUGUCUGCUAGUGCAAGUAUUAUCACGGUAAUGGCUGCGGAACGGCAGAGGGCACCCGUCAGAGUUGGUUUCUAUGACAUCGAGAGGACUAUCGGCAAGGGUAACUUCGCCGUGGUGAAACUCGCCAGGCACCGCAUCACCAAAACCGAGGUUGCCAUCAAGAUAAUUGACAAGUCGCAGCUGGACAUGGUGAACCUGCAGAAAGUGUACCGGGAAGUGGACAUCAUGAAGCAGCUAGACCACCCGCACAUCAUCAAGCUUUACCAGGUGAUGGAGACGAAGAACAUGAUCUACAUUGUGUCAGAGUAUGCUAGUCAGGGUGAGAUUUUUGACUACAUUGCAAGGUAUGGUCGGAUGACAGAAAGUGCCGCUCGCCGUAAAUUCUGGCAGAUCCUUUCCGCCGUAGAGUAUUGUCACAACCACCAUGUGGUGCAUAGAGACCUGAAGGCUGAGAAUCUACUGAUGGACGGGCAGAUGAACAUCAAGAUUGCAGACUUCGGGUUCAGCAACUACUACACGCCAGGUGAGCAGUUGGCCACGUGGUGUGGGUCUCCGCCCUACGCCGCCCCAGAGGUCUUCGAAGGAAAGAAGUACACGGGGCCCGAGAUCGACGUCUGGUCACUCGGCGUGGUUUUGUAUGUGCUGGUGUGUGGCGCGCUGCCGUUCGACGGCUCAACCCUCCAGUCACUCAGGGACAGGGUUCUAUCCGGCAGGUUCCGGAUACCCUACUUCAUGAGUUCAGAUUGUGAAUCUCUGAUUCGAAAGAUGUUGGUGCUAGACCCAAGUAAGCGGUACAGUGUUGAGCAUAUCAAGAGGCAUCGUUGGAUGGUUGCGGAGGCUCCCAGACUGCUGCCAAGUACAGGUGGAGAGCAGCAUGGGACAGAACCUAAUGAACAGAUAUUGCGACUGAUGCAGAGCCUGGGAAUAGAUGCAGUCAAAACGCGUGAGUCUCUACAUUCUGGGAGCUAUGACCAUCAUGCAGCCAUAUAUUUCCUAUUGCUAGAACGGCUGAGACAGCAACGCAGUAACUUCCCACUUUCACAAGACACUAGUUCCACCAGUGGAGCAAGUGUCAAGCACUCGCUGGACUCCAUGCAGCGCCGUCGCCCAAGCACCAUAGCAGAACAAGCCAUGCGCAAAUUGGGCAUCACAGUUCCCCCUAGUCUGGCCAGCAGUGGCAUCCCAGAGAGCACCACCAGACGUGCUAGUGGAGACCAGACUCGAUUGUCCUAUACCCCACAAGACAUCACACCUCAGUUCCAGGCAGUUCCCACCCAACAAGAUUUCACAGUGGCACGAUCCAGCAGCCGAACUGCCCCUUCCACGGACAUUCGCCUCGUGAACCAUCCCCCACCUUUCAGAGAGCUCUACCAAUACCAACACUCAUUGCAGCAGUCCCGCAACAGCAAUCUGGGCAGUUCUUUGUCUUCAGGAGUGGUCCCUAUGGUGCAGUAUGUGGAUGAAGGUGUAGAGACAGAUAUGGAGGACUCCCCUGCAAGUAGCAUCAGAUCACAGCAUCAGCGCCUGGCUUCGUAUGCAAGCUCAUCAUCCUCAAGUGGGAACAAGAGUUUGAGCCAACAUCUCAGCUCUGAUUCCUGCUCUGGAUCCACAUUCGAUGACUACCAACUGGAAUCUGAUCUUGCCUCCAGCCUGCCCUCCUGUAGCACACCCCAAGAGAGUGUUGCCACUGCUGUGUAUAGCAAGCCACACAAUCCACUGCUGCACAGUGCUACCAACCGUGCCAACACACGCUCGCCUGUUGAUUUCAGAGAGGGACGGCGGGCGUCAGAUGGCUUAGUGGCCCAGCAGGGAGUGGAUGGAGGUAGUGGGAGUGGGACAGGUGGGGGUGUGAUUGCGUUCAACAGUCAACGGCUUAAUGAAACAGGCAAAGCCAAGGGUAUUAUGGAGCUGCAUCUCGUUCAGCGUGAACAUCAGGCCUUAAGAAGCCGGUAUCAGCCAGCUGAACAGCAUUCACAAUAUGCUCGUUCCACAAAUAGAGUCAGCCUGCCACUGAGCCUGCUGCAGCAGAAGAGGCAGAUACUGCAGAAACAGGGUGCUUUUCAGCAGCCUAGUGUGAGUGAGGUGAUGAGUAGACGUCAAAUGCUGCGCCAAGCCUCAUAUAAACUUGCCCAGCAAACUCAGAUACUUCCUCCCCUCCCUCAUCAGGAGACAAUCAUAGAAGACAGGGCUCUCCAGUACAAGCACGCUACUGAUGGCGAGUUUGGAGACCAGGUGGCAUUCCAGACUAUCACUGAAGACAGCAGCAAUGGCGUUCUUCCACAGGGAGCCAGAGUCCUCCUGACUCCACAAGUAGACGUAGCUAGAGCGCUCCCAACAUUGGAAGAUGACCCUGGGGGGGAGCAGUGGCAGUCGCUACCAAGCACUCUUGCAUCAGCAUGCCACAUUAGUGACUCCCAGUCAUGGGGACACACACUUUGUGAAGGGAUCCCAACAUGGCAGCAGCAGACAACGCACCCUGUCACAGGCUGGAAUCAGAUAUCAACGACUCCUGCAACAGGCUCAUACUUGGCAAUGGGCAGCAUCCCCUGGCAGCCCAUUUUGUCACCCAUGCAACCAGUGUGUGAGAGCCCAGUCUUGGAGCUGACAGAGCAGAUGGAAUCAAUGUGAGCAGCUUUGACUUAGCUAAAUGGCUAAGUGUGGAGAAGACAGUAUUGCAGUUCCCUUCCAUGUUGCAGAACAAACAUUACUUGUAACUCCACAUGAACUCUCCAGCAUGUCAAGUGAAGUGCCAAGUACAGAGAAAAAUGUCACAGGCUCUUCAUUUUGGGCUUCAUUUCGCUGUACUGUUUUGUGAGAGGUAUCAGUCCAGUCUGGUCCAGAUAGCACAGUGAUCUCAGACUGCUGCAGUUUUCAGGCAGAUGAGAUCUGUUUCUCUAUGCCAUGUCUGAGAGUCUGUUAAUUGAAACCACUGAUGCAAAAUGGACAUGGUCUCAAGAGGUUGUAAACUUAUGUUCUUACUGUUGCUUGUUUUAGGAAAUUAUGCCAGAUAUUUUAACACAAAUAUAAUGUUAAGCCUGUGUUUCUCAUUCAGUGGGAAUUGAAAGUUGGCUUUGUGGGGCAUGAGGUCUCAAAAAUAAUGGCUACCAUCAAAGUUUAAUAUAAUACCAAAAUGUGAAGGUAAAGGUAAAGUUGUUACUGUGCUUAAUAAGCACCAUGAUAUGAAGAUGAAGGAACAGUGACAGUGUAGCUGCAUUCAUUCCUAAGUGACACUAGAUGGAAGUGAGUGCUCAACUUCAUACCACAGCCACCGUGUGACCACUGGAGGAUCAGCGGAACUGAGGACUAGUGUUAAUGCUAUGAAGAUGGAAAAACUCUUUAGCCACUGACUGGCUCCUCAGUUGUUCAUCCAAUAUCCUAGUUGCUACAUCAGCUGAUUUGUGUCUUUUCUGUGGUAGGACUUUGCUACCUGACAAACUAACCUGUUAUUCCCAAGAUACAGGAGAGGGUCAUUGGCUAAGGGGAUCUAUGGGCAUAGUUUUCACGUUAUUUAUAUAGACCAUAUUUUGUAGUAAAUGGAUGAUAGGGAUUCAGUUUUUCUUCACCACCCCAUCUGCCCAGCUUUGGGAUACUCCCACUUUGUUACUGAUUGAGCACUAAGGGCUCUUUCCUGGGUGUAAAGAUGACUACUCACCUCUGUC